AAAAAGUGGAAAUUAGUACCCUACACUGGCAUUUACCGGCUGAUUCUAAGCCUCGUCUCUCGCGCUCUCUGUCCGCACACGAGAAACACACACAUGAUCACUUCUCCGCGCGAGGAGGGCAGGCCGGCGGCGUCCUUGUAGAAUCGGCAUGGCGGAUUUUGCUCGAAAACAUACCCUUCCUUAUUCUACUGAAAGGUGAAUUCAAGCUCUGGCGAAACUGUAUUUGACCAACCACACUCUCCGGGGGACUUCUUUGUUGGUUGUUCACCAUAUAUUUUCAAUUGCUUGAUUAUAGUAGUCGGGUGAUUAAAUGAGCUUUCAUCCUCUGUAAACAUGCAUGGAGUUCGUCGAGGUUUAGCUUAUUUUUGUAAGAACCUGCAUACACUGUCCCGUGAUGGUCCAAGUGACACCUUGAGGAGGAAGGUUGCUGAGUUAGAGAAGAAGAGGAAAAAACGAAAUCCAAAGAAAAAUCAGUUAUUGGUGGAUGUUCCUGAAUCAAGAUCUUUCCUUGACACAGCAACCAUGCCAAUGUUACUGACUGUCGUGGGAAUUGCCCUCUUUGCUAAGCUCCUGAUGAUGCAUGAUGAGGCAACGUCCCAGGAAAGGAUUGAGCGAAAGAUAAAGAAUGCUCCUGCUGGUCAAGGAACCGUCAGGAUGCUUACUCGUGAAGAGUGGGAUGAAAUUCAAGAAGUGCGGCCGACGACUCCAUUUGAAUCUAAGCUAUCUCGUCCAAAUGCAAGAAUAAGGACUGGGGAACCACUACACUUGGAAGAUGUGAAGGAUUGGACAGUAGAUAUGCUCACAGAUGCCCUAACACGGGCUGAGGAAACUGCUAGACGUGGACCUAACUAGCUUUAGACUCUGUAGUGGCAUUCUUUCUUUUGGAUUUCAUCACAGCAGCAUUUUAUGAGUCCAAGCUAUCUAGUCUUGUGUGUCCCGUUCGCCAAUUGCUGCUUGCUUCCGCUAAUAGCAUAGCCCGAGUAAGUACCGAUGUUCACACACUUUCAGAGGCCUAGUUACCUGGCAGAAAAUUUAGUCCCCAUCUGCUUUUUCAGCUUGUCUAUAUUGCAAUAAGCCUUUGAGAGAUAUUUAUGUAUGAUGUAAGCUGACAAUUUGCAGAACUGCAGUUGUUUUGACUGUCGGGUCAGCAACGGGUUUGCCAAAACUCAAAAGGCUUAACCUGUUAAUAGUUUUACGGACCUAUGCGCUGGUGGGUUGG